GAUCAACUCAAGGAUCUUGUCGUUCUGAGAGACAUUUUGACGGUACACCAUGUCUGAUUCCUCUACAUCAGUAUCAUCUUCCGUUUCUUCCAAUGCUCUUCGUGAGGCUGCAGAGAGGCGGGCUCAACAGCAGUCCUCCCAGCGUUCAACCGCCCAAUUAGCUGCUGAACACGAAAGGCGACAAACGUUCAGGCGGUUAGUCGAUCCUGGAAUUAUUCGUCCUAAUUCAAAAGAGCAAGCAAUGGCCUCGAUUGAAACGCUCUUGACGAUCUCCAAAAAUCUUCUACGUGAACCCGAAAACCCUAAGUUCCAGCAAUUCAAGCCGACAAAUGGCAUCAUCAAGCGGAAUCUCAUGGACCCGAAAGGAGCUUUGGAAUAUGCUAUUGAGCUCGGAUUUCGCCCUGAGGUGAAGAAUUUCCAGCCUUUUUAUACCUUCAAUCCUCGCCACAUGGAUAGUUUGCGAAUUGGAUCUGCUAUUCUCAAGGAAGCGUUUGAUCUCGAAACAGAGAAGCAGCAGCGCGCAGCGCGGGCCAAGAAAGAGGAGAAGGCUGUGGCUGCAGCCGCUGCCAAUAAGGUUAAACUCGCAUUUAUGGACGACCGAAAAACCAAGUUAGAUGCCGAUCAACGGGAGAAAGCACUUCGGGAAGCUCGUUUAGCCGCUGCUGCUGCUGCCAGAGGGUCAGAACCAAGCAAAUCGCCUGAGCCAUCACCGUCAAAACAAAUUAUGCCAGGGUCUGGUCAUGUCUUAGGCUUCGACAUGCUGCCCGAGGACGAUCGCGCAGAGCAUUCUGAGGAAGACUGAGUCGAUAGCAUUCAAGCAAUGUAUACUCCCAUUAUCCAUUAUAUAUUUGUAAAACAC